CCCAAAAAGACCAAAAAGAGAUGCUGCGCAAAUGGCGCAGUGAAAGUAUUGAAAUGGUGUGCUUCCUCGUCUCUCUUUUUUAAACAAGCUCUCUGCUUUCUUCUUCACCAUCUCUCUCUCUCUCUCUCUCUCUCUCUCUCUCUCUCUCUCUCUUUCUCUCUCUGAGCGAUUGGGAAUGGGGAGAGCUCCUUGCUGCGACAAAGCAAACGUGAAGAGGGGGCCAUGGUCUCCUGAGGAGGACGCGGCUCUAAGAAGCUACAUCCAUAAUCAUGGCUUCGGAGGCAAUUGGAUUGCUCUGCCACAGAAAGCUGGCCUUAAGCGUUGUGGAAAGAGCUGUCGCCUGAGAUGGCUUAAUUACCUCCGGCCAGACAUCAAGCAUGGAAGUUUCACCAAGGAAGAAGAUGACAUGAUUUUCACUCUCUACAACAAGAUAGGAAGCAGGUGGUCUGUGAUUGCUUCAAAGCUUCCUGGAAGAACAGAUAAUGAUGUGAAAAAUCACUGGAACACCAAGUUAAAGAAAAGGGUGAUGGAAGGAAAAGCAAGCCAUUCUAGUAGUUAUCAAAGAUCUUCAAUUCCAUUGCUUUCAGCACAGUCUCUCAUUCCAAGUGCUCAGGCCUCGUCUUCUACCAGUUGUGUGUUAACUCCGGCCAUCGGUAAUCAAGAAUUUCAAAGCUCUUAUGACAGCUUGGAUUCUUCUCUUCAGCAAGAAGUUUACAGAGGUGGAUCUGAAUAUGGAUUUUUAUGGGAAUUAGACUUUGGAUCCAUUACUGAUCUUCUCAGUAGUUCUGGUUUUGAUGAUACAAUUCCUUCCAUUUGGGCUGAUGAUUCUGGUGAAGGCAAGCUUGGGGAGCUACCUCAAAGUGUCUCUUACUACUGACAAAAUAAGUAUUAAGCUGCUGAAUUUGAUCUUAAUUUUAGUUAUAAAUUUCAUUUGUAUCCUACUGAAUUAUACUUGUACAUCAGCAAAGAAAUGAGUAUUUUUAAUUUAACUUCA